CUUGUACAGUAUAACAACAACAGCAACAAGAACAACAACAACAACAAUAAGACAGAGCAUACGUUUUGGAAAUUGCUUCUCUUGUAUCAAUUUUAAACAUAGAUUGAAUCUGCCAUGCUCUGACAAAACCUGAACCAUGGAUCCUCUCCUCUCCUCGCUCUGCUCCAUCUGCCACAUCGAUCCACCCAAGUAUACCUGUCCGCGCUGCUACGUCAACACAUGCUCUCUCACAUGCUCCAAACGGCACAAGCUAUGGGCAUCAUGCAGCGGUAUCCGCGACCCUACAGUCUUCAAACCGAUGUCUGAACUCGCAACGCCCUCGGGAAUCGACCACGACUACAACUUCCUACACUCAAUCGAACACCGUCUCGAACGAUCUGAGAAGCUCCUCGUCGAGGACAUAGACGCCUUAUCGAAGGGCGAAUUACAGCGUGCGCGAGCAGGGGAAGAUGAAGAGGAAUGGAAACGGAGACAUGAGAAGGAAGCGCGUGGUGAGGCAUGCAUUGCUAGAACGUUGCACGAGAUGAAGUGCAGAGUUAUCACUGCGCCGAAGGGUAUGCGAAGGAAUAAAGAAAAUACGACUGGUUGGAAUCGGAGGCAUGGGACGAUUCACUGGCAGGUUGAGUGGAUGAGGGAGGAGCCUGCUGGGAGAACGCUGUAUCGUGUGCUCGGGAACCACGCUAUUGGGAAGGCAUACGAUCUGAUCUGCGAGGAGGAGAGGAUACUGGCUAUGAGCCCUGAGGAGAAAAGAGCAGAUAAGAAGAGGAAAGCGAACAAAUUCAAGGCGGCACAGGCCAGAAAGGCAAAGAAGGCGAGGCUGGACGCCGGUCGUCUUCCUCAACUCUCGACUACAUCAGUACUGCAGGAUCCAGAGCGUAGAACGUGGGACUUUACGCCAGUAUACAUGACACUACCCGAAGCAUUGAAAGAGGACUCGCCAGAACCCGAGCCAACAAUCCCGCAGAGGAAUUACCACCUCUAUCUCCAACGACCUCUCACCCCCUCCUCAUUCCCUAAGGUGCUCGUACCCUUAGACCUUGACAAAACUCUCACAGACCUACUAAGAAAACGGGAAGUUCUCGAAUUUCCAACCAUAUACGUUCUGGGCCACCCACCGGAGGACCUGCCGGAGAAGUUUAUGUUGGAAAUGCACUAUUUGGUCGCCAUUGGGAAGGAAAAGGGAGAGGAGUCGGAUUCGGACACUGAUAUGAGUGAUUCGAGCGAGGAGCACUUAGGGGAUAGUAGUGGCUCUUCGGAUGAGGAUAGUGAUGAGUCCAUGGAGGAAGGAGAGAUCUUGUAGGAUUAUGAACAUUAUUAACGUAAAAGGUGCGGAAUUUACUGCAAGCAUUACCCGGUCCAUUUCAAGGUUUCUCUUUGAAGAUAGCUCUAGGACUGAAACUAGAAGAGAGGCGAAGACAGGAAUGAGAAACCUGACCUGCACAAAGUUCGACCUUUUGGGCUUCCGUGUUGACAUGAAAGUUCGCAUCCAGAAUGUCCCAACAGAGUCUGGGACAAUUGAAUAGUUAAUUGGCGUGCUAGAAUGUUCCAAGGGGAUCUAGGACAUUGACAUUAAGCACCAUUCCUGAAUGUCCCAGAAAGUACUUGUG